CUCACAUCAACACUUCCUGUUUACUGCCUGAGUGAAGCUCACGUCGAGCCGCGGCGUCAAGAAGGAGACUCCUCUGAAAACUACUCCUGCUGAUGAACCAUGAGCAAAAGAAAACUCAGUUUCAAAUGGUUCGGGAGCCUCACCAAUCUCUCCACUCGCCGCUCCAAAGACAAAGAUGACAAGGCUCAGUCAUCAGACGUGGACGGCGUGGAGCCGUGCCGCCACCCGUCCAGCUACGCCCGCUCCUGCGACAUGUACACCCACGUUGGCACGGUGCCCCGCUGGGAGCGGCAGAAGAAGAAGUCCCUGCGUGGUGGGCAGAGCCAGCGGGAGGCGGGGGAGUGUGUGAGAGCCUCCCCCCUGCUCAGUGCCCUGUCCGGCCUCAGCGGCAGCAGCAUGGAGCAGCCUGAGCCGGCCUCUGCGGCACCUGUCCGGCCCCUUCCAGAGGACGCCGUCACCCAGCGCCGGGCCGCCACGAGCCCGCACGCCGUGGCUCGGCCUCCAGCUGCCUCAGCGCAGGAUGUGUACGUACCGAUGGACCCCAUCGCUGACAGAACCACCAGCCCACUGGACAGCACUGAGUGCGAGACCGGCUCCCAGGACCAGGACCAGGACCAGGACCAGGACCAGGACGAGGACCAGGACCACUCCCACACACGUCAGAACGGGUCGAAUCGAGGAGGAGAAUACGUCAAAUUCUCCAGGGAGACGUGGUGGCUGCAGCCGCCGACGGAGACGCUGAGGAAGCAGCUGGAGGAGGAGCUGAAGCUGAGUGAACACGAUGUGAGGAGCCAUGCCUGGUACCAUGGACCCAUCCCCACAGAGGUGUCAGAGAGCCUGCUGCUGAACCACGGAGACUUCCUGGUCAGAGACUCCCAGAGCAGCCAUGGCGACUUCGUCUUGAGCAGCUGCUGGGAGCAGAAGACCCUCCACCUGCCCAUCAGGAGGACGGUGGUCCCGUCCACUCACACUUACCCCCGGGUGCAGUACAGCCUGGAGGAGGGGGAGGGAGAGGAGGGGGAAGCCUUCAGCUCCUUACAGGCGCUGGUUCACUUCUACGUGGGCGGCCGUGCGGCACUGACACGUGGCGGCGGGGCUCAGAUGGUCCAGCCGGUGAACCGGACUCUGCCGCUCAGCUACCUGGAAACAGUCUUCAGGAGUCCUUCCUCUUCCCACCACCAGGGGGCAGAAGUGGGGCUGAGCCAGGAGACCUUGCAGAGUCCCCUGGACAAACAUACUCCACCGUCCAGCCGGACCUCUUCUCCAAACACCACACGCCCGAGCCCGCACAGACCCUCCUCGGACCACUGCUACACGGAGCUUUGUCCUGGUCCUCAGAGCUACGUGGACAGGCUGCAGGCAGAAGACGGCGUCCACCCGCUUCGGACGGAGGAUGGAGACGUGUACUUCUCACCAGUGAUGGAGACGCUCUCAUGUUUCAAACCCAGCAGGUACACGUCAGCACUGAUGCCCCAGGACAACAAGCCUCUGGAGGUGGGCAUCCUGCGCAGGGUGAAAGAGGUGCUGGCGGACGUGGACCCCCGGACGGCGGCCAAACAUAUCACCAAAGCGGACUGCACGGUGGCCAGAAUCCUCCAGGUGACUCCGGAGGUGCAAAGGAUGAUGGGAGUCAGCUCUGGGCUGGAGUUGCUCACAUUACCGCAUGGCCAACAGUUGAGGUUGGACCUUCUGGAGAGGUUUCAAACCAUGGCCAUCAUGUUGGCCGUGCACGUGCUGGGCUGCACGGGGACGAGUGAGGAGCGCGCCGGGCUUCUGCACAAACUCAUCCAGGUGGCUGCGGAGCUGAAGAGUGGCAUGGGCAACAUGUUCGGAUUUGCUGCUGUGAUGAGAGCGCUGGAGCUGCCGCAGGUGUCCCGGCUGGAGCAGACGUGGACCGCCUUAAGACAGCGACACACGGAGGGCGCCAUCCUCUACGACAAAACACUUCGGCCUUUUCUGAAGGGAACAGAUGCUGGAAGAGAAAGCUUCCCAUUGUCCAGCACCACCUUCCCCCAUAUGGUCCCCCUCCUGUCUCUGCUGGAGAAGAGCGGGGCAUCUCAGGACACAGAGCCCUGGGACAGCGGGGACGCUGGGGUGGAUGUGGUCAUGUUCCACCUGGGGGCAGCGAGGACCAUCGCCCAGCUGGGGGGCAACUACCGCUCCAAUGCUGAGAGCAAAUUACAAGGUUUCCAGGAGCAGCCUGAAGUAAUGGAGCUCUUCCUCACAGACUUCCAGAUGAGGCUGCUGUGGGGCAGCCGAGGAGCCGAGGCCGACCAGGCUCUGCGAUACCACAAGUUCCAGCAAGUAUUGACGGCUCUAUCCAACAAACUGGAACCCCCCAUCAGUAAACCCUGAGCCUGGAACUAGCAGUGAAGACCCAGACAUGUGUCAGGCCUCGCUCCAGGACUUCCUGUGGGACUUGCUCCGGGACUUCCUCCAGUAGCACUUUUGUUUCCAUAGAUAAAACACCACAGGAGCUACUCGGGACUUUUCCAGUCCCUCCAAGUUUCUCUCAGAAUUUGUGAACAAUGAAAUGUGUGUGUCCAUUUGAGCCCUGUCAAACCUUCAGCCAUCUGGAGACAUGUCAGUUCAUCCUGUAUACGUCCUUCUAAUUCAUUCUUCCUUCCAACAAAUGUUGGAAAACACAUCUUAUUUCAUUAUGGACUAAAAUGUCCAAUUCCUAAAAAGUGCAUUAUAAUGUAAAUGUAAUAUGUGUAGUCUUGUUUUGUUAAAACCUAUGAUUAAAUUCAGCCCUGAAAAAAAUAAUAUUGACUAAUAGUCUGGAUUUUACCUUUUGAAUCCAGUGAGAUGCUGAUUAUUUUAGUGUGUGAGUGUUCAGUUUAAAUGAUUACUGUUGUUCACAGUAUAAGUUUGUAAAUUAAAUAUUUAUUGAUAAAUCUGAGGCAGACUAAAUAUAAUUUCAGUUGAAGCGGAAGGUUUAGAAAGGUGACAGAGCUGCACUGAGCUUCUUUCCUGUCUCACUCAUCAUGUUUCACUGUUCCAUGUCUCUCUCCACCUCUGAGUGUCAUGUCUCAUAAAUUUAAAAGAAAUGCUAAAUGUAGAUUUUUCAGCUUUUAAUGAAGACUUACAUGUUUUUUUAUGACCAAGAGAGGCUAAUUUCCUGAACAAGUUUUAUUGUCAAUUACUAGUGAAUAUUCGAGACAAUUAAAUAUGUUUACAUUUUAUAUAUUUUGACUGAAAGUCCAGUCUGGUUUCAGUAAAUGAGCCCCAGCACUUUGUUCCAUUCAACUUUACUAAUGAUUGCAAUAAAUUCAUUUUAUCAAGAUCAUCUGAGGAACCACGUGUCCUUCCCUCAGUGGGUGGAGCUUCAGUAAUGUCCCCCGCCCCUCCUCACGCCCCGCCCACCAAGGAGCCAGGAUUGCCCCCUCCUGUACCCGCCCCCUCAGUCCUAUCUGUGGCAGCGUUCGUCCUUCCUCUUUCCACCUCCUCCCUGUGGAAACCAGCCAUAAGAUGAAAAGACGAUCCAGCCGGUUUUUUUUAAAAUCAUUUUGUUAAACAAUACAAAGAGAACAACAAAAAACACAGUCAUUAACGUACAUAAAACGAAAAAAGUCUGUGAGUUUCAUCAAAACAAUGUAAAGCAAGGUGCAAAGACAGCUUUCUUAUGAUUUGAACCACUAAUUGUUUUAAUAAAUAAUUUGGUUUCCUUUUCAAAAGCAAGAAAAGAAAGUGUUGAGUUACUAAUUGCACCUUCAUUAAUUUUUCCCUAAAACAAUUACUGCAAACCAGACGUUAUUUUUUCAUUAUUAUUAUAAUUAUUAAUAUUGCAGUUCAUCUUCUUCUGAUUAUUAUUAAAUCCAGUCAUGUGACAUAGCAACACAAAGUUACAGCGCUACCAUGGGGAAGAAAAAAAAGGCAAAAAAACCCUUCAACUAUCCAUUUAUAUAUGAUGUCACGUGCUUUGCAACAAUGUAUCAGUUUUAAAUGAUGUCAUCAUCUAAUUUGACCUAUAUAUGCAAAUGAACAGCUAUGCAAAUUAGAUGAUGAUGUCGUCAGAACUUUCUUGAAUGAGCAAUUGUAACAAUGUAUCAGUUUUAAAGCGCCAUUGUUUUGUUUUAUUUUGUUUUGUUUUUACAAAAUACAA